CGAGCAAAAAAUAAAUGAUAAAGUUUUUGAUCAAAUAAAGAAUGCCAAGUUGCUAAUUGCUAACUGCAUACGCGUGCAGCAUAUCAUUGGUUGAGUAAGGUUUGAGUGUGUGUUAUAAAAAGCUACACUAAUCACCAGUAGACUCUAAGCCGCCGUCAGAACUCAGCUCUCCGUGCUAAAGCCAUGGCCGAGAAGGGCAAGAAAAAGGUAACUAUGAUGAAGUUGAAGGUGGAUCUUGAUUGUGCCAAGUGUUACAAGAAGGUCAAGAAGGUUCUUUACAAAUUCCCUCAAAUCAGAGACCAAUGGUUCGAUGAAAAGUCCAACAUAGUCGUCAUUAAGGUGGUUUGCUGCAGCCCUGAGAGAAUUAUGGACAAACUUUGUUCUAAAGGUGGCGGCUCUAUCAAGACCAUUGAGAUCAUCGAGCCCCCCAAGCCACCACCAGCCCAACCUUCUCAGAAAUCUAAAGAAAUAGAGAAAUCUAAUCAGACAAAAGAAUCUGAAAAACAUACAACUUCUGCACCGGCCACGGCACCAUCACAUGCUCCAGCCCCGAAACAGCCAGGACCGCCACCACCGGUAGGGCCGAAGCAGCCAGGACCGACACCACCUGCGGUUCCGAAGCAGCCAGGACCGACACCACCGGCUGUGCCGAAGCAGCAAGGACAGCCACCACCGGCUGUGCCAAGGCAGCCAGGACCGCUACCACAGCCGGUGCCUAUGAUGCCGCAAGGGCAGCCCGUAGCAAUGUGUUGUUGGCCAUACUACGACGGUUUUGGAGGUGGACCAGCGUUCUAUGGAUACGGAAUGCUGCUGCCACAACCAUACGAGUACUACGGCCGACCAGUCUACGAUAGCUGGGGAGGUGGCCCACCACCUGGUUACCGACCAUGUCAUCUCACUAGAUGCAAUUCCUUCAGCGAAGACAACCCACAAAGCUGCUCCAUCAUGUGAUAUGACUCAUCUUCCUUUUCAAUCUUUUAAAAUCUUUAUUUUCCUUCAAAUCUUUCUUUUUCCAAUACAAAUAAUGAAAACAAUGUUAUAUAGAUGUUUACGUGCAAUGUUGUGUAAGAGAGCAAUAAGGAAGGAAGGGUCGUAUUUUGUAGAUUUUGUAAUUGGUAGCCAUUUCUAUCUGUAAAUGUAAACAUUAUGCAAAUAAAAAUAAACUGUUCCAUUUUCUA